GACCUAUUUGAUUAUGUUUUAUUCUAGGCUGCACCCCUAGCCCCGGAGCCGCAAGCCACCUCAACCCCAAAGCCAUCCCCUGGGGCGAACCCCCGGCCCACACCCCGCUCCCCACGCUCCAGCCAGUCCCCUGAGAACCAGAUAAACUCGCAGCCCAACCUGGCUGAGGAUGAGGAGGUGUUUGAGGAGAUCCGUAGGUUGAGGUUUGAGAGGGGACGCCUGCUGCAGAAGAUUAAAGUCCUGGAGCAGCAGCAGCACAGCGCCCACACUGCUCUGGAGGAGCUGGCUGUGCUGCGUGAGCGUCUGGGGCAGGCGGAGGUUGAACGGGAUCGUCUGCAGGCCGAGCUGGAGGAGCUGAGGGCAGGGCAGUGUGUCGGGCUCUUUAGUGACUCAGAGGAUUCAGAGGGCAUGCUGGACUUCCCUGGAGCAGAAAAGCUCCUCUCCCGGCAGUCUAGGGGUACAGAGGGGGAGCAUGCUCAGGAGGAGGCCACCGCGGCUGGGGAGGCCGACCCAGAUGAGUCAGGGGAGCAACCAGAGGCUCCGGGAGUGGUGGCGAAGCUGCAGAAACAAGUGGAGGAGCUGAGAUCUCAGAAUUCUGAGCUAGUGCUCAAAGUACAGAUGCUGGAGAUGUUCGAGACGGAUGACACGAACAUGCAGAGCUCUGGCCCAGACUUCGUGCCCACGGUGCUGUAUGAGUCCCUGAGGAAAGAGUUUGAGGAGCUGCAGGAGAAAUACUCCCGGGCCCAGGCCGCUGCUGAGGGCUCCAGCAUAGAGGAACCUGGGUCUGACGGAAACCCUGAGGAGGUCAAGGAGCCAGAGGAGGACGCAGCGGAGAGGGAGCCACCAAAAAAGGAUGAGGAAUCAACGGACGGGGGAGGAGGAGGAGGAGACGGUGGUGCGGAGGAGAGGGUGCGGAGCCUGGAGGAGCAGCUGGCGUUCUCCCAGGCCGAGCUGGAGGAGCUGAGGGAGCAGGUGCAGGUGGGGGUGUUCUCCGUAGAGCGGGCCGAGACAGGGAGGAGCGAGGGUGAGGGUGAGGGUGUACCCCAGCAGCUGAGGGAGAGAGUGAGACAGCUGGAGGCGGAGCUGGCAGAGCGACGGGCGCCACCGGGCGAGAGUGACGCAGCACGACAGCUGCGGGUGAAGGUGGACGAGCUGCAGAGAGCCCUGGAGCAGGAGCGCGAGGCCAGCGGCGCAAGAAGAAAGAAUGAAAGGAAAAAAGAAGAAGAAAAGACACACCGGGAGGAGGAGGAGGAGAGCGAGGCGGUGAGGAGGCUGAAGGAGCGCGUGAGCGAGCUCGAGGCUUCGCUGGCGGAGAAAAGCAAGCGGGAGAAGAAGGAGGAGGAGAAGAAGGAGGCGGGGGAGCGAGAGCAGCAGUCGGGGGAGAGACGGAGCGGCGAGGGGGAACUGGCCCGCCACCUGCAGGCCCGGACGGGCGAGCUGGAGGCCCAGCUGAGGGGCAGCGUGCCGCGGACCGAGCUGGACGAGGUGCGGGUCACCAUGGCUCUACAGCUGGACCAGCUGGCCCGGGAGAGGGCCCAGUUGUCCCUGCGGCUCAACGAUGCCCUGCUGGAGCUGGAGAGGCUGCGGCCGCAAUCGAAUGGAGAUGAGGAAGACGAUGAGGGACUGGACGAAGACGAGCGAUCAGAGGGGUCCGAGCGCUCAAUUAUUUCAGAGCGUUCCUUGCGCGGCACGGGCAGUGGGCAGACCCUGGUGGCGGUGAGGGCGGAGCUGGAGGCAGCGCGGCAGGAGGCGGCCCAGGCGCUGGACUCGCUGUGCGCGGAGCGCGAGGGCCGAGCCCAGGACACGCUGCAGCUGAGGGACGCCGUGCCGCUGGCCCUGCACCAGGAGGCCCUGGUGGGCCUGUCCGAGCAGCUGGCCCAGACGGCCGCCGAGCUCCAGAGGGAGGCGGCGCUGAGGUGCCAGGCCCAGGCCCAGGCCACGCGGCUGCAGGAGGAGCUGCAGGGGGCCCAGCGGGACCUCAUCAGCAGGGAGGAGCACGAGAAGGUCAAGGCGGAGCUACAGCGCUCCCUGGAGGAGAGCGUGAGUAAAGUGCAGGCGGCGCAGGACGCGCUGAGCGAGAAGGAGACGGAGCUGAAGGAGCUGAAGUCUCAGAAGGCCAAGGAGCAGGGACUAGUGUCCCAGGAGGACCACGAAGCCCAGCGCCUCUCCCUGCAGGCCGACAUCAACGGCAUCACCGCACGCAUGGCCGACCUCCAGCGCAAGCACGAGAAGACCUGCACAGAGGUGUUCCAGGUGCAGAGGGAGGCUCUGUUCAAUAAGAGUGAGCGUCAGGUGGCCGAGGCCCAGGUGGCCGCCGUGCAGAAGCAGCUGGAGGAGCUGCAGGCCCAGUCCAGCCACGUGCAGCAGCUGCACCAGGACAUCCAGCACUCCCAGGGUCUCAUCAAGGAGAAGGACCGCAAGAUCACUGAGCUGUCUAAGGAGGUGUUUCGCCUGAAGGAGGCUCUGGGUGCUCUAAGCCCUCCGCUGGGUUUGCCUCCUCCUGGCAACCCCGGCCAGCAGGUGGCACUGCAGAAUCGUGUAUCUGCACUGACCCAGCAGCUGCAGGACUGUGAGCGCAAACACAAGCAAGUGGUUGCCAUCUAUCGCGCUCAUCUGCUUUCUGCUGUGCAGGGCCACAUGGAUGAGGAGGUGCAGACGCUCCUACUGCAGAUCCUGAGGAUGUCAAACAAAGACCUAAGCCUCUGAGGAGCCAAAUAACCCCCUUAUUCAUGAACGCUCGCCCCAGGAACACACAGACAAGCCUACUUUACUAUGCAGCCGGACUACGGAGGCCAGUUGAAGCCCUAUUGAUGAUGGCAGUGGCGUAUAAACCAUGCUGCUAAUGAGAUAUUAGAUUCCUGUGACUGAACUGACGGAGGCCUUUGGAAAUAUUUGGCCUGUAUUUUGAUGAUGAUGAUAGAGAAAUAAAUAUGCAGUUUAUCUGUAUUGAUUUUCGAGA